CAUUGUCCUAUUCGGUGCUAUCUAAUUGCGACAUUUAACCGGAAAAGGUCAAUAUUUUUCGGCAAACAUGCCUUCGUUGGCAGAUUCAAAACCGAUAAGUUGGGCAGAACAAGUCGAAGCAGGUGAAGAUGGAUCUCUGCCCCCAGCCACUGAGGACUUUGAUGACCACAACAAUCUGAAGACCAUCACAGAGUACAAGUACAAUGACGAUGGCAAGAUGGUCAAGGUAGUUAAGACGUAUAAAGUGGAGAGAAGAAGGGUUCCAAAGUCUAUUGCCAGAAGAAAGAACUGGCAUAAAUUUGGGGCUGCAGAAUCUGAUCCCCCAGGACCCAACCCGUCUAACACCAUUGUUCAGGUGGAGGAAAUCAACAUGCAGAUCAUCCUCAAUAAGGAGAGCAAGAAUCAGGACCAGGCAGAGGAAGACCCGCUGUCUAAGCUGAAGAGUCAGAAGCUGGUGUCCUGCAGGAUCUGCAAGGGAGACCACUGGACCACCAAGUGUCCAUACAAGGACACCCUGGCACCUAUACAGGAGUCUUUGGAAGGAGGCGACAAGAAGAAGCAGGAUGAUCCUGGCACCCCGGUGGGCGGUGGCUCCUCAUCCACCCCAGCAUCCGGUGGUGGGUCAAAGCCCGGUGGCAAGUACGUGCCGCCCAGCAUGAGGGACGGAGCCUCCAAGGGGCGGGGCGAGACCAUGAAGUCAGCACGAGAUGAGUCCGCCACUAUUCGUGUGACCAACCUGUCUGAGGACACACGGGAGUCAGACCUGCAGGAGUUGUUCAGGCCAUUUGGGCCGAUACAGAGGAUCUACCUGGCCAAGGACAAGAACACGGGCCAGUCCAAGGGAUUUGCCUUCAUCAAUUUCCACAGGAGAGAGGACGCUGCCAGGGCUAUAGCAGGUGUAUCUGGGUUUGGAUACGAUCACCUGAUCUUGAAUGUAGAAUGGGCCAAGCCCUCUGGGACAUCUUAGUUGAGGCAAUAACAGCACGAUAUUUUAUUUUUGGACAAAGACAUUCUUUCUGGAAUUUUGUGUAGUGUAUUUCAUCUCUACCAGUGCUUAAUUUAAAAAUAAAUAAAAGUGUAUAAAAAGGGA